AGGUGAUCUGACAUGGAUGUUCAUCUUAAUUGCAGCAUUUGUAGUGAUUCUGGUUGGGUGCAUCUUCAUCAUCUAUCUCAAACGCAAAUACAUAACAGGACUCGUUGUCAGGACAAAGCAAGCGAUGGAAGUAAUGCUUUCAGAUUUCCAAAAUACAUUCAACCAGGACCCGGCAUCUGUUGUGACCCACAGUACCAGCAAUGACCUCAAACCACAAUGGGAGUUUGCAGGAAAGAGAGGAAGAUGGCAUGAUUUCAGAGAAAAGACUGACCCUCCAAAUAAAUGCUCAGUAACCAUUAAUGACAUUGAGAGUUGGUACCAGGAAAAACCCCACGACAAAAUGCCCUUCACAGUGAACGGAGACUCCUACGAGCUGGACUUUAAUAAGAUGAUCCAAACCCAAGUGAAGGACAACAGUCAAUAUAGCAUCAGACGUGAGUUGGUGCCCCUCCAUGCUCAUGUAUAACAGUUCCCACACCCGAGCAACCGCAUGGCCAGUCCGACAGUCUGUUUUAAUGUUCAUCAUGUCACUGAGGCCACACUCACAAGCAGCAGCAGAUAAAGAGAGAACAUGGAUCAACUUUUUGGUUGCCAAGAUGUUGUCGCCUCUGGUUUUUUGGCACUCCAGCUACUUUUUUUGUUUUUAUUAAUGAUGUGCCUUUUGGAAAACUACCCAAUUUUAUCUGUCUUGAUCUCAAGCUUGUUACCAGCAUAAUUUAAAUGUUAUGUUUAUGAAGGUUUAAUAAAACCAUGGAAGUUUUGCUUGUACUGUAUUUUAAAUUGAGGAUAGAUGGUUUGAGAAAGUUGAAUCAAUGAGGUCUGAAUGUGUAGGCAUCAUGAGAAGUGUUACUAAUGUAUAUUUUGUAUAAUGUUGUUUUAUAUGUAAUGAAUUGCUUGUAAAUGUUGCUUAUUUAAUUUGAAUUUGAAUUGUUUGUCUUGUACUGUAUUGUUUUUUAUAUCUUCCUUUUUGAAGAUUACAUCAUUAGGGGUUACACCAAGGGUUAAUGUUGAAUAAUGUUAAAAUUAAAAGAUAAUUUCUUUUGACAAGUUGAAUUAGCUUUCCCUUCAUUGUUCCAAAGGAAUAUACACAG